GAACUCUGGGAAAAGAUGGCAGCUUCAUGUCUGUACCUUGGAUUUACUUUUCACCAAGAACGGAUUCAAAACAGUUGCAUGUAGAUAUCUGCCCUAUCGCCUCAAAAACCAGUUAAUUCAUAUACUUGAAAACUUUACCAAGAUUUACCAUGGAGAACACCGGGGGCAUCGACAGUCUGGGCUCGAAGCAAUCCUUGUCAAGGCAGCCGAGUGUUAAUUCAUUGUCCAGUACCUCCACCUCUCAUUCUGACAGGUCCACUCACGCUGCCAAGCCCCCCUUUGCAAUGUCUUCUGACAAUGUGGCCAUCUCAACAGAGGUCUCCCCAGAGCUACGGGGCAGACCUAAAGCGGUUGCCAAGGUGCUCAGGGAUUCAAACAAAGAAGAACCACAGUUACUACCAAAGGAAAGUGUGCAAGACAUGGCCAAAGAUGUCACCUACAUCUGUCCUUACAUCGGUGCACUGAGGGGGACAUUGACUGUCACCAACUACAGAUUGUUUUUCAAAUGCAUGGACAGGGAACCAGUGUUUGUGCUGGACUUGCCCCUGGGGGUAGUGAGCUGGGUGGAGAAGAUAGGAGGUGCAUCUAGCCCUGGUGAGGUCUCCUACGGGCUGGUCUGCAAGGAUAUCCGUAAUCUGCGGUUUGCACACAAGCAGAUGGAGGAGUCACUCAGAAAGUCAAUUUUCGAGAUCCUGAUGAAAUUUGCCUUUCCUGUUUCUAACGGUAUGCCAAUCUUUGCCUUUGAGUAUGGGCAGGUUUAUCCUGAAAAUGGCUGGAAAGUGUAUGAUGCUCAAGCGGAAUACAAAAGACAGGGCUUACCCAACGAGAGCUGGAGGAUAACUAAAGUGAAUGAUCACUAUGAGCUGUGUGACACUUACCCAUCAACCCUGGUGGUGCCUGUUAACAUCCCAGAUGAGGAGUUGAAGAGAGUGGCUGCCUUCAGAGCCAAGGGCAGGAUACCUACCAUCAUGGAUGCCAACGCUCAGUCCCACAAGCUCUUCAUCUUCGAUGCCAGGCCUAGCGUCAAUGCUGCCGCCAACAGGAUGAAAGGGGGUGGCUAUGAGAGUGAGGAUGCCUAUCAGAAUGCAGAGCUGGUGUUCUUGGACAUCCACAACAUCCACGUGAUGAGGGAGUCACUGUGCAAGCUGAAGGAGGUAGUCUAUCCCAACAUUGAGGAGUCCCAUUGGCUCUCCAACCUCGAUUCCACUCAUUGGCUGGAGCACAUCAAGCUGAUCCUGGCUGGGGCGCUGCGUAUUGCAGACAAGGUGGAGUCUGGGAAGACAUCAGUGGUGGUUCACUGCAGUGAUGGGUGGGACCGUACUGCCCAGCUCACCUCCCUGGCCAUGAUGAUGCUGGACGGACACUACCGCACCAUCCACGGCUUCCAGGCGCUGCUGGAGAAAGAGUGGCUGAGCUUCGGCCAACGCUUCCAGAUGAGGAUUGGUCAUGGGGAUAAGAACCACACAGACGCAGACCGCUCACCUGUCUUCCUGCAGUUCAUAGACUGUGUGUGGCAGAUGACCCGCCAGUUUCCUGCAGCCUUUGAGUUCAACGAGUACUUCCUGGUCACCAUCCUGGACCACCUGUACAGCUGCCUGUUUGGGAUGUUCAUGUGUAAUAGUGAACAGCAGAGGGUGAAGGAGGAGCUGCCGAGGAAGACAGUUUCCCUGUGGGCCUACAUCAACAGCCAGCUAGAGGAGUUCACCAACCCUCUGUAUGUCAACUAUUCCAACCAUGUGCUGUUCCCAGUGGUCAGCAUGCGCCACCUGGAGCUCUGGGUGGGCUACUACAUCCGCUGGAACCCUCGCAUGAGGCCACAGGAGCCUGUUCACCAGCGCUACAAGGAGCUGCUGACCAAGCGGGCGGAGCUUCAGAAGAGGGUGGAGGAGCUGCAAUGAGAGGUGACCAAUCGCUCUGCCUCCUCCUCCUCUGAGAGAGCGGGCUCUCCUACCCUUUCCAUCACUCCAGUUCAGACCUUUGUUUGACAGGCAGACAGACAAACAGACAAAACACAGGGGGAUGGUGACAGGAGGCUUAUAGUGGACGGCAGAGGACGGAGGCCCAACUCCUGUAGGAAGCAAAGCAACCACCAAGUGUCUGUAGAAACCAUGUAUUGGCCGUUUGGCUGCUCCAUUUCACUGCUGCUCCAACAGCUGAGGUCGUACAGGGUCAGAACCCUAGAAAUAGAAAAAUAAUAUUCAUUUAUAUCUCUAUGGUCAGAACCUUGUCACGGUUUCGGCCGAGGCUGCUCCUCCUCCUGGUUCGGGCAGGCUUCGGCGGUCGUCGUCCCCGGA